CCUCCGCAUCCUUCGACCCGGAAGCGCUCUUCCGGCACUGAUUGCCGGCGUGACUUUGAACGCGUUUUGAUGUGGGUCAGGUUGUUGAGUAGACCUACAGCUGCCCCACCUUUACGCCACUUCUGCGCUUGCCAUGAGACUGGUGGGAGCAGCCGCUGUCACGGCUUUGGGGCGCGGGCCGCUUCCGCGGGUCCUCGCUACCCUGGGAUGGCAGAGGAAGCAGGUUAAUUGGGAAGUCUGCCGAUGGAGUUCGUCAGGAGUGAUUCCUAAUGAAAAGAUACGAAAUAUUGGAAUUUCAGCUCACAUUGAUUCUGGAAAAACUACAUUAACAGAACGAGUGCUUUACUACACUGGCAGAAUUGCAAAGAUGCAUGAGGUGAAAGGUAAAGAUGGAGUUGGUGCUGUCAUGGAUUCUAUGGAACUAGAGAGACAACGAGGAAUCACUAUUCAGUCAGCAGCCACCUAUACCAUGUGGAAAGAUGUCAAUAUCAACAUUAUAGAUACUCCUGGACAUGUGGACUUCACAAUAGAAGUUGAAAGGGCCCUGAGAGUGUUGGAUGGUGCAGUCCUCGUUCUCUGUGCUGUUGGAGGGGUGCAGUGCCAGACCAUGACUGUUAAUCGUCAGAUGAAGCGCUACAACGUUCCUUUUUUAACUUUUAUUAACAAAUUGGACCGAAUGGGCUCCAACCCCACCAGGGCCCUGCAGCAAAUGAGGUCUAAACUGAGUCAUAAUGCAGCAUUUAUGCAGAUACCCAUUGGUUUGGAGGGUGAUUUUAGAGGUAUAAUAGACCUUAUUGAGGAACGAGCCAUCUAUUUUGAUGGAGACUUUGGUCAGUUUGUUCGAUAUGGGGAAAUUCCAGCUGAAUUCAGGGCAGCAGCUGCUGAUCACCGGCAAGAGCUGAUUGAAUGUGUUGCAAAUUCAGAUGAGCAGCUUGGUGAGAUGUUCUUGGAGGAAAAAAUCCCCUCAGUUUCUGAUUUAAAGUGUGCAAUCCGAAGAGCUACUCUAAAUAGGUCAUUUACUCCUGUUCUUUUGGGAAGUGCGUUAAAGAACAAAGGAGUUCAGCCUCUUCUAGAUGCUGUUUUAGAAUACCUCCCAAAUCCAUCUGAAGUCCAAAAUUAUGCUAUUCUCAAUCAUGAGGAUGACUCAAGAGAGAAAAAAAAAAUCUUAAUGAACUCCGAGAGAAGCAGUUCCCACCCUUUUGUAGGCCUGGCUUUUAAACUGGAGGCUGGACGAUUUGGACAGUUAACUUAUGUCCGCAAUUACCAAGGAGAGUUGAAGAAGGGUGACACCAUCUAUAACACGAGGACAGGAAAGAAGGUGCGGGUGCAGCGGCUGGUUCGCCUGCAUGCUGACAUGAUGGAGGAUGUUGAGGAAGUGUAUGCCGGAGACAUCUGUGCAUUGUUUGGCAUUGACUGUGCUAGUGGAGACACAUUCACAAACAAAAAUAAUAGUGGCCUUUCUAUGGAGUCAAUUCAUGUUCCUGAUCCUGUCAUUUCAAUAGCAAUGAAGCCUUCUAACAAGAAUGAUCUGGAAAAAUUUUCAAAAGGUAUUGGCAGGUUUACAAGAGAAGAUCCCACAUUUAAAGUCCACUUUGACAAUGAGAGCAAAGAGACAAUUGUAUCUGGAAUGGGAGAAUUACACUUAGAAAUCUAUGCUCAGAGGAUGGAAAGAGAAUAUGGCUGUCCUUGUGUCACAGGAAAGCCAAAAGUUGCUUUCAGAGAGACCAUUACUGCCCCCGUCCCGUUUGAAUUUACACAUAAAAAACAAUCGGGUGGUGCGGGCCAGUUUGGAAGAGUGAUAGGUGUACUGGAGCCUCUGGACCCAGAGAACUACACUAAGUUGGAGUUUUCAGAUGAAACAUUCGGGGCAAAUGUUCCAAAGCAGUUUGUGCCUGCAGUAGAAAAGGGGUUUUUGGAUGCCUGUGAGAAAGGCCCUCUUUCUGGACACAAGCUCUCUGGGCUCCGGUUUGUCCUGCAAGAUGGGGCGCACCACAUGGUUGAUUCCAAUGAAAUCUCUUUCAUCCGUGCAGGAGAAGGUGCUCUUAAACAAGCUCUGGCAAAUGCAACAUUAUGUAUUCUUGAACCUAUUAUGUCUGUGGAAAUCAUAGCCCCAAAUGAAUUUCAAGGACCUGUGAUUGCGGGAAUUAACCGACGCCAUGGGGUAAUCACAGGACAAGAUGGGAUUGAGGACUAUUUUACACUGUAUGCCGAUGUCCCUCUAAAUGAUAUGUUUGGUUAUUCCACUGAACUUAGGUCAUGCACAGAGGGAAAGGGAGAAUACACAAUGGAGUACUGCAGAUAUCAGCCCUGUUCAUCGUCCACACAAGAAGACCUCAUCAAUAAGUACUUAGAAGCUACAGGUCAACUCCCUGUAAAAAAAGGAAAAGCCAAGAACUAACUUCCCUCACUUUAAGUUGACUAGCUAUAACUGAAUCUGCAAGAUUUAUAUACUCUCAUGGGUUCUGAUGGAAUGAAUUCAGGCUAAAACAAAUUUUAGAAGCCCUUCCUCUUACAUUCAGGAGCUUCUAUCAUAUUCAAAAAUAAUUCUAUAUAUAUCCCAAAUCUGUGGAUUGGCUUUAUAGUUCAUUGAAAAACCUCAAAUAAAAUAUGAUUAUUACUGAAAUAUAUUUAAUAUCUAAGUGAAGAAGAGACUGACAUCAGUUAUACUUCUAAGUUUAGAAUGGUAUGUAAACUUCCUUUCCGAAUUUUUUAUUCUAAGAAUUUUCAACAUAGAAAAGCUGAAAAAGAUAGUACAGAGAAUAGCCAAUAUCUUCCAUCUUCCAUCUUCCACUCAAUAAGGAACAGUCUUGUUAACAAUUAGUUUAUCACAUAAUAAUUUAUUUUGUCAUAGUUGCCUUAUCUCUUUGUGUCUCAUACCUAUUUAAUUUUUAAAAAAUUUUUUGCUAAGCAACAAUUUGAAAGUGAAUUGCUUAUAUCAUGACAGUUCUUGGGGGAAGUGUCCUCUUUUAAUGAGCAGGCUUUUGUGGAAGGCAGCUAUGCUCACCACUGUACCACCAACGCACACUUGAACAAGACUUUUUUGUUUGGUGGAUUUCAUAUGUUCUUAAUAUAGAACAUUUUCCAGAUUCUUCAUGGGGAUGUUACAAUGGCUAGUAGGUUUCUAGCUGUUUUAUAUACAGGUGAUUGCUUCAAUUUGUGACUUCUGCAAAUUUGUAAAUGCCUACUUUUUAUGUUAGUUUCUUGUGGAUAUGUUAAAAUGAAAAGCAGACCCUUGCAUAUUGCUAUUUUUACCUAUGUUUAUUUUAAUGUUUCUGCAACUCUGAAUAAUAAAAUAGAAUUUACAUA